AUGGGGUCCAGUAAUCAUGGCACAAGUGCGGAAACCAUCCCGUCGCUGAAGCGGCAUGCAGCUUGCGAUGAGUGUAGGAAAAGGAAGCUGAAAUGCUCCGGAGAGCCUACGGGCUGUAUUCGAUGCCUCAAGCAGUCUCUGGUCUGCCAUUAUUCAAUACAGAAACAGAUGGGACGACCGCCUAAGAAACGAAUGCGUGAAGACGACGAAGACACAGAACUUGAUAAUUUACAGGGGAUCGGGCAAUGGCCAGAGCUUGGUAGUGCUCACUCAUUUGAAGAAAAUGCACUCACCGACGGUCUUUUUCCUCAAGUCUAUUGUGCACCGUAUCGUGUACCGCAUGCCUUCCCACAUCUAUUAUCUAUGGAUAAUAAUUAUGGUCAAUCUUUGCAAACACACAACACUGGAGUCAUGGAGCCGCUCCCUGCUACAGCAAGUCCAUGGCCGGAUUUCUCCAGUGUGUCUGCGGCAACAGCUUCAUCGUUCGCAAAGCCUGCGGGAUCGGCCGAUAUACAGUUCUCUUCUUCCAGUGCCAUUCCACAAUGUUCGUGCUUAUCAUACUUAUACUUAUGUCUCAGCCAUCUUUCUUCUUUAUCACCUUUCCCAAUCUCUCAUCACACAAUUUGCUCGUUGUUUAUUGGUACGAAGACGGCCCGGGAUGUCAUACGUUGCGCGGAAUGCCCAAAAACAUAUGCCACCGGUGUGCAAAAUGUCAUGCUUACUGGGACUUUACUAAAUGUUGUCGCUGAUGGAUGGUUUCGCGUGUCGAAAGCCGACCCUGUAGAACUUGGGAAACAGGCCGCCCCUCCUGCCUACGUGACUUUACUAACAGAGUCGUCCCCAAACUCCACAGAAAGCUGGAGGAAAUGGCUUCGCCAAACAGUCAGAAAUGCUGUCAUUGGAGGUCCUCUUGACGCUGCCGGUCGCGUACGCUGCUCAGAUUCGCCGAAUUUACUCUCUCUUGUUACGGAAUUCGAAGAGCGUCAACAAAAAUGGCAUGCAGGGAAAGAUGCGCCUACAUGGGUGUCUCCACAGAAAUCGUCGACCAACUUCGAAGGUCAGAGUGACCUCUCCAACGACCAAUGUGAUGAGAAAGAUUAUCUUUGCCUCCGUGUGAUUCGGAGCGUCAAAGAUGUCAUAUCCAAAUUCGACUUCAAGCCACAUGAGUAUCCAGAUGAUACAGAAUUUUAA